UGUUCUGGGGAGCUACAGGCUAGAAGAGAAGAAGUCUAGUGUGGAAAGCAUGUGAUAGAGAUUUUGUUUUGUGCGUGUUUUCGCGGGAUUUACAGCAGGAAAGAGACAGAGGUCUGGCCAAUACGCAGCCAACAGAGAGUAGCACCAGUUUUAGGCAUUUUCCUUUCUGAAAAUGGGAAAGAAGCUCGACCUUUCCAAGUUAACAGAUGAAGAAGUCAAACAUGUCUGGGAAGUAGUUCAGCGGGACUUUGAUCUGCGCAAAAAAGAGGAAGAGCGUUUAGAGGAUCUAAAAUGCAAAAUUGAAAAAGAAAGCACUAAGCGGGAGCUAUUGUCCAGUCAAUCCCACCUCAACGAAAGACUCUGUAUCCAUUGCCUGCAGCCCUUUAAGUUUCUAUUAAACAGCAAACGCCAGUGUUUGGACUGUCAGUUGUACAUAUGCAAAAGUUGCAGCCAGUACAACAAAAAGGACAAAGGUUGGAUGUGUGAUCCAUGCCGCCUAGUUAGGAUUGUCAAAACUGGAUCAUUGGAAUGGUAUUAUGAACAUGUCAGAACUCGUUUCAAGCAUUUUGGGAGUGCUAAGGUGAUGCGAUGUCUCUAUGGAAGGAUGUCUCAUGGACCGAAAACAAAUUCUACUUCGCUUGGUGAUGAUCACUUGUACAGGAAUAAUGAGAGUGAGGAGGGGGAAACAAGUGAUGAUGUGGAUGGAGCAGAAUCUGAGUCUUAUGCCAGGAUGCGCAAACAAAAGCGCCUACUUUCUGUACAUUCCUUUGAUUUUGAAACCGACUCAGAAUAUUCUUCCCAAUCUCGUCGUCAAUCUGUCCAGUUUUCUCCAUGUCUUGGGAAAGAAGACGUUCAGAUCACUGAGGAUUUUCCACAUGAUGAGGAAGUCUCCAUGCAGAAGGACUCCAUGGUAGCAGAAGCAGACUUGGCUGCAGUUUUCCAUCAUAUCUUACAAGAGCAAGGAAAGCACACGGCUCUUCCAGAACAGGAAUUCAGCACGGAAGUCCAGUUUAUAGGCAACUCACAUACCAAAAACCUGGAAACAAUCCCCAAGGCUGAUACUUGAACUGAACAAACGCAUCUCUGUUAUUGAAAGUAUGCUCAGCUGCCUUGAGGAAAAGAUCCUAGUUCAUUCUGAGAAGCCUCUAGCUAUUGAUCCCUACAUUGAUCAUAGCACAGAAGAGAAGGAACUGAAGAGAAAAUUAGAAGAAUUAACAAGUAGCAUAACUGAAAAAGCUGUUUCUACUGAUGAGGAAAAUGCAGGAAAGAAGACUGAAGAAUCCAAACCAGAAAUCGAUUCAUCCAAUGAUGACCUUCCUCCUGAUGCGAAGAAGGUGCCUACUAUGGAGAACAUUUAUAGAUUGCAGAAAAGACGAAGAGAGUUGGAGGACCAAACCCAUCACAGUGCAACAACAGAUUCAGAAUUGGCAGAGUUGGAAGACAAAGUGGCUUUUCCUGUGGCUGAAGUACAACACAGAGAGACUGAGGUGUCUGAUAUAGAAUCUCGAAUCGCUGCACUGAGUGCUGCUGGGUUGAGAGUUAAACCAGUGGAAAGGCCUAAGGAAAAAAGAAGCAUCCAGGUCAUGUCUGUGCCCCAUGUGUUGAGGAAGAAAUUCAGUAUUUCCCAUGAAACUGCAAGCAAUGCUGAAUCCUUUGCUCGGAACUCCUAUUACAGAGGAUCACUGACCCAACGAAAUCCAAAUGGAAGAAACAGAAAAACAGAUGAGAUCUUCGCGAAACCCGUGAUGACCCAUCGUUCUUGAAAACAAUGGAACCUUCUAAGAUCAAUACUGCAAAAUCCUGGCUCAAGUUUUGAUUUUUGUUGCUUUUCUCUCUUUUACUUGUUUUAUGAAAGAAGAAAAUGGAACAAAUUACAUCUGAACAAAUUACAUCUCUGAGGAAGAAUCCUAUGACAUUUGAGCUCUAGCUUCUCCAGCAGAGCAGUAGGUCUCAAUGUAUGUUAUGGAAUCCCUUUCUCAGCUUCUUUACAUAUUUUAAAAAGAACUUUGGCUCAAGUCCCCUCAGGGAAAAGGGCGGCCUACAAAUUCUAA